UUGGCGGGCACGGCGCGGAGCCCGCCGCCCGCCCUCUCCGCACGGAGCGCGGUGCCGCGGCGGAGGCGCUCCCGGCCCCACGCAGCCCGCCGGGCCGAGAGGGUUUGAGGCGGCUCGGCGUGGCGAGAAAUGUGCCGGGGCCGCCUGGCGGCUUUGACAUGCUGAUCCUUUCCGAGCGCUUAACAGGAUCGCAAAACCUUUCGAGCGGCUUUUCCCCGUCAGCCCGGCUUACGCGCGCGGGUUUUGCCCGUAAUCCGCCCUCGCCGCGUUCAGGGGCGGCCGCGGUGGGCGCUGCUCUGCCCCGCCCCGCCGCCCCCGCGGGGUACCGCCGCCCCACGGCAGCGGGCAGCGGGCAGCGCCGCUGGGAGCGGGCGCCGAGAAAGUUUGGGUCCGGAUACUGCCGAGGGAGGCGUGGAGGCUAUCAAUUAGAUGUUGAUAUGUAAAGCAAAAUGGCAAAAAUCAACACCCAGCACUCCUACCCUGGCAUGCAUGGACUGUCUGUCAGAACUACUGAUGAAGAUAUUGAAAGGAUUGAAAAUGGCUUUAUCAGAACCCAUUCACUGUGUGAGGAUACAUCUUCAGAACUGCAGAGAGUCAUUUCUAUGGAGGGAAGACAUCUAUCUGGAUCACAAGCGAGCCCAUUCACAGGCAGGGGAGCAAUGGCAAGGCUGUCACGAUUUGUUGUAUCUCUGAGGUCGUGGGCCACAAGACAUCUACACCAUGAAGACCAAAGGCCUGACUCUUUCCUAGAGCGUAUCCGAGGGCCAGAGCUUGUAGAGGUGUCCAGCAGGCAAAGUAACAUCCGCUCCUUCCUGGGCAUCCGUGAACAGCCUGGGGGAGUAAACAGUCCGUGGCCCUUGGCCAGGUUUAAUGUCAACUUUAGCAACAACACCAAUGAAGACAAAAAAGAAGAAAAGAAAGAGGUUAAAGAGGAAAAGAAAGAGGAAAAGAAGGAGGAAAAGAAGGAGGAAAAGAAAGAGGAAAAGAAAGAUGAUAAAAAAGAUGACAAAAAAAAGGAAGAGCAGAAGAAAGAGGUCUUUGUGAUUGAUCCUUCAAGCAAUAUGUAUUACAACUGGCUGACCAUCAUUGCAGCACCUGUGUUCUAUAACUGGUGUAUGCUUAUAUGCAGAGCCUGCUUUGAUGAGCUACAAGUUGACCAUAUCAAAUUAUGGCUGUUCCUGGACUAUUGCUCUGAUAUCAUCUAUGUUUUCGACAUGUUUGUCAGAUUCAGGACAGGCUUCCUUGAGCAAGGCUUGCUGGUAAAGGACGAAAAGAAGUUACGAGAUAAUUAUACCCAAACUGUGCAGUUCAAGCUGGACGUGCUGUCUCUUCUGCCAACAGACCUGGCGUAUCUGAAGCUGGGUUUGAACUACCCUGAGCUGCGAUUUAACCGCUUGCUGAGGAUUGCUCGCCUGUUUGAAUUUUUUGACCGCACAGAAACCAGGACAAAUUAUCCAAACAUGUUUCGUAUUGGAAAUCUUGUCUUGUACAUUCUCAUCAUCAUCCACUGGAACGCGUGUAUAUACUUUGCAAUUUCAAAGGUAAUUGGCUUCGGAACCGACACUUGGGUCUACCCCAAUGUAUCCAUCCCGGAGUAUGGGCGCCUGUCGAGGAAGUACAUUUACAGCCUGUACUGGUCAACGCUGACGCUGACAACCAUCGGGGAAACUCCUCCGCCUGUGAAGGACGAGGAGUAUCUCUUUGUGGUCAUUGACUUCCUGGUGGGAGUCUUGAUCUUCGCUACCAUCGUCGGUAACGUGGGCUCCAUGAUUUCCAACAUGAAUGCCUCCAGGGCAGAGUUCCAGGCCAAAGUCGAUUCCAUUAAGCAGUACAUGCAUUUCCGAAAAGUAACGAAGGAUUUGGAAGCCAGGGUUAUUAAGUGGUUUGAUUACCUCUGGACCAAUAAGAAAACAGUGGAUGAAAAGGAAGUUCUCAAAAAUCUGCCCGACAAGCUGAAAGCUGAAAUUGCCAUCAACGUCCACUUGGACACACUGAAGAAAGUGCGUAUAUUCCAGGAUUGUGAAGCUGGACUGCUCAUCGAGCUGGUGCUGAAACUGAAACCUACUGUCUUCAGUCCUGGGGACUACAUAUGCAAGAAGGGAGAUAUUGGGAGGGAAAUGUACAUUAUAAAGGAGGGAAAGUUGGCAGUGGUGGCAGAUGAUGGUAUAACCCAAUUUGUAGUCCUGAGCGAUGGCAGCUACUUUGGUGAAAUCAGCAUCCUCAACAUCAAAGGCAGCAAAUCGGGCAACAGGAGGACAGCCAACAUAAGGAGUAUCGGUUAUUCGGAUUUGUUCUGCUUGUCUAAAGAUGAUUUAAUGGAAGCCCUCACAGAAUACCCAGAAGCCAAAAAGGCUCUGGAAGAGAAGGGCCGACAAAUUCUGAUGAAAGACAAUUUAAUAGAUGAGGAAGCAGCAAAAGCAGGAGCUGACCCAAAAGACUUGGAAGAAAAAAUAGACAGGCUUGAAACAGCCCUGGAUACACUGCAGACGAGGUUUGCGAGGCUCUUGGCGGAGUACAGCUCUUCUCAACAAAAAGUUAAGCAGAGACUUGCCAGAGUAGAAACCAGAGUGAGAAAAUACGGUAGUGGCACCUUAUCCAUUGGAGAAGAUGAGCCUGAAAAACCCGAGCAGCAGAAAAAGGACUGAUAAGAGCAUUUAUAUUUCAUUACUUAAUGGAGAAGGUUGGAAUGUGUGAAAGCCAUAAAUGUAUAUAAAUACGUGUGUGCAUACAUAGCCAUGAUUAUUUUUAUAUGGACUUGAGAAUGGUUUUUAGCAUUUUUAACUGAAGCAGAAUUUUCUUGUAAAUAGGAUAAUGUCACCUUCUUCGUAGGGGAGAUUUGGUCCAUCAUUUGGGUACAUUUUUGUACUGGGAGUGGAUUUCUUCUAAGUUAUGCUCAGACCACCCGGUGCUUGUAUGGCAUGUGUAGGUCUUGACACACUGUCUCUUCACACACACGUUGUGUUAAGAAGGCAUUAUACUUAAAGUAGAGGGAUUACUAUGAUUCUUUUUUUUUAAGGCUUUGAAGGUAUUUAUAGAGUACAUCUACCUUCCUAGACUAUUAAAUGCAUGGAUACACAGCCUGGCUUCUCAGAAUCCUUCUUUCACAGUGAAGCAGUCUGCACAAGCUGUAGGACUACAGCUAAGGCAGCGCUUGGCCUACACAGUGUAGAUCUGUGUACAACAACCCCCACUUGAGAGGGAAUCCCCAAAAGCUCACUGAUGGAAGAUGUCUGUAUAACAAUAAGCUUUAGAAAACCUGGGAAGAGCAAAGAGCAGCUCCUGGACACUUGGUUUGCUCAGUGCUGGAAGGACACUGCUAGGAAAUUAUGCUGCCCAGAGAGGUGGUGGAUGCCCUGAACCUGGAGGGAGACACGGUCAGGCUGGAUGGGGCUCUGAGCAACCUGAUGUAGCUGUAGGUGCCCCUGUUCAUUGCAGGGGAGUUGAACUAGGUGGUUUUUAAGGAUUCCUUUUAACUCUAACAAUUCUGUAAGCUGCAAGGACUGCAGGAAAGGAUGUCCCUUUCUGCCUGCCCCCUUUCCUUCCCCAUAGGGUUCCUGCAAGCUGGGAACAGACCCUCUGUUGAAAAGUCUUUCUGGCAUUGGAUCUGUUUUCUUUAUUUCAUUAACUAACACAGGUAGAGCCACUCCAAGUAUUACUUACACCAAACAUAUGCCUGCCAAAGCCCCUCCCCACACCAAAGACAAAAACUUUUGUUCACCAGAUGGGUCCAACAGCUUCAGCCAUCAGGGAAAGUGUUUGCUGUUCCCUUUUCCUUUCUCUCUGCUUAUCACAUGCCAGAAAAAGAGCACUCCUGAUAUAAUUGGCUUUGGUCACUUUAAAAUGUGUAGCUUUUGGCACUGUGAAAUCACAUCCUUUGCCGUCUUUCAUCUCUGUAAGACACUUGUUUCCCCUUAAUGUGGAUACAGCAUGUACAUUAAAUUAUUUUGAGUAGCACCGUGUAUUUUUUCUCAUCCCUCACCCUGCUUUUUUAGUGUUUUAUCAUAGACUUCAGUAGUUCCAGUACUACAUAGCCCAGAAGACCCUGAUGUGACAGAAAUCCAAGUGGGGACCACUGCAUUCUGUGCUUACUGCAGGGCAGCUGGGGCAGCACCCUGCUUCUGUGCCCAGCUCUCCACCCAGAGGCACAGCAGGGAUGGGGCCUCAUCCAGCAGAAAUACACACUUACAAACUUCUACUACCCAAAACUCCUCUCCUGGCAGGAGCUGGGCUGAUCCUUGAGCCCACCCAAGAGCACAAAAGCAAGGAACAUGAAAGCUGUUAGGGACUACAUAAACACACAGCCUGAAAUGGCAACCAGCAGUUCAGUGAGCCCACUACCUACUUUGCAUGUUAGCACCAGACAGAACCUGGGGAGGAGCUGGGGACUAUGCCUGGUAGUGUUGCUCAAAGAGGAGACCCAGGGGUUUUAAUAUCUUCUGCAGGUGCAGGAGGGCCAGAUUGAGGGAGCAACAAUGGAAAAUGGUGGUGACAGCAAACCAGCACGUCUGCAUACACACAGCCUCACACAGCCAGUGUUUGUGGUCAGCCUGGUUGUGCAGACCUCACUCAGCAAGAGCUGAGGAACAGCCCCUGCACUUAACACUCUCAGACAUCAGCUCUACAGUUUUGUUCUGGCCAAAUAUUUAUUAACCGGCAAGCAGAGGACUCUGCUUUACAUUAAGAAACAAACUACUCUUUUUCCACACCCACACCAGUGUCUCUCUGAGCUGGUCUGUCCAUUACAGGCUUAAAUCUGCUCCCACAGUGCUGGCCAGGAUGAGCAGGGAGUUCAUCAGCCAAACCUCUUACAUGCUGGGCACAGCAGUACAGCAGGAGGCAGCGCUGACCGCAGGAGAGCUGUUCCACGUCUGGACUGGCAACAUGGCAGCGUUUGUGCUUGGCUUCAGAGUCCCCUGGCACUAUGAGCGUUUCCAUCCUGGAACAGACAAAAAGAAUCAGAUCCGUGUUUACAUAAUUCAGCAUUCAUAAAACCCUUUGUGUGUUCCUGACAGCAAAAUGAAUUAUUUACUAGAUGGGUCUGGCAACUGCGCAGGCAGCUGAAGCCAGGCUUUGGGCUGUGGCGGCUUUCCGGAGGGAAACUGUCAGUCUGGGAAUCCCCGUUUCCACCCUAAAUUUACAGCAGAGAGAUGAAAGGAGGAUGCUGAGCAGUGGAGCCUUCAGGGAGCCUGGGGAAGCCCCACUGUCCUUCACGCUACCUGAGGUGGAAGGACAUACAUCCCCCCCCCCCCUCCCCCCCCCAAGGAACACCCUGAAGGUCUACAGCCAGCUUAACCUUUUGUUCCCCAAAUUCAGAUUUUGCAACCAUUUCCAGCUCAAACUUACUCACUGGGCUCACAAGCCAAAUGCUGAGGCUUGCAGCGGCCCUCAUGGCUUUGCUGCGGAGGAGGAGAUUCCACAGUCAGGUCUGCAGCACGAGGAGAGGUAGGGCAGACUCUGGGUGCAUGAGGAAGCCAGCUCCUGCAGCCCCAUGCACUGGACAGCAGGCUGUCCUCACCCUCCAGAACAAACACAAUUACCUCUGCACCAGAAAACCAGCAGCAGCUCUGACACUUUCUCCGAGUGCUCUAUCACUGCACUCACACCAAAACUAUCCUCCCAGGAUACUGAAGACAUCAUUCAGCUCCAAUACAGAUCUGCUCUAUGUGUAGUUUGUGUUUCAGUUUUUUGCCUCUUUGGACAUCUGGUCCAUUUGUUUCUAGGCUUUAAUUCUUUAGUCUUCUGGUCUCAUCACCAGCAGUUGUUCUCCCCUUCCUCUUGCUGGAAAAGCUGCCCCACCAAGGCCACUCACCCUGAGCAGCCUCUCCAGGUGCCCAGUUCAGCAAGAACCAGAGGCCUCUGCACACAAAAAGACGGAGAAGCACUAAAGCAUCUUUUUUUUUGGCACUGCAAAAAGCUGUGCUGCAAAGAUCCACUCAUUUUCAGAGAGCCAAUUGUCUGAACGCUGCAGUUCAGAUAUGUCCAAUGAACUUCAAAGAUUGCCACUAUUUUCAUACUAUAUACAGAUUUAGGCAAUUAAGAGCAAGUCUUGGGGCUGACUGUUCCAGUGCUCCACACAAUGCAGCCUCACACAGCAGGGGUUUGGGGACAUCCCUGCGAUGCUACACCAGGCAGGUCAUUGUGCACAUGUCCUGCUACUGACCUUACAAUUCAACGUAUUUGGUUGCUUCAGUACCACUGAGAGGCCCAUCUGUUAUAGUUGAAGUUGUGCACAGGUACAAGUGGUGAAGGCAGCAGUCAGGAAGUGUUCCAAGUAACCUGUAGAUGUGGCACUUCAGGGACAUGGUUAAUGGGCGUGGUGGGGAAGGGCUGAUGGUUGGACUUGAUCUUUUCCAGUCUGAAUGAUUCCAUGACAGACGUGUAGAUGUACAUCAUAGGCACAGAGUGGGAACUGCAGGUAAUUGAUCACAACCUUUUGUGGGUUUGAGGCUAACCCUAAUAGCAAACAGCUCGUAUCAGAAAAGAACUGUGGAGCUAAACUUGGGAGAAGCUUCUCUUGUAUCUUUUGUAUUGAAAGUUGGAGUUGUUCCAUGUGAUGAAUGAGGCACAAUCCAAAGCACACCGAAACCUCAGGAUGAAGGCAUUCAAAGCCACCAGAAGUCUUUAAUCCCCCUAUGGUGGGGAUUACUGCAGUCUGAGGCUCUUACUGCAGUGGUGAAGGCUGCUGUUAGAAGCGUGACUCACGGAGACCCUGGCUCAUGCUAGCCCACAUCAGUAUCUGUUCUCCUCAAGACAUGGGGAGGGAAGGCAGUCUCCUUGGUUGUGGUGGUCCAGGCUCAUGUUAGUGCCUGCCAAAGGGUAGAUAAGCCCAGUCAGAAAUUCACAAAACGCUAUUCCUUCAUUAAGUGAUCUUUGUUCACACACUGGUGGCUUUCCCUAAAAUCUUUUUAGCAAUCAACAAACGCCUUCACCUAAAACGUCUCUGUUCCCUUGAGAUUCUACCACUACUAUACCUUUAGGCUAUACCUUUAGGUUUAAGAAAACCAAUCCUUUCAGUCCUCUUCCAAGUACCCAAGAGAGAUUUUUAAAGACAGGUGAAGUAAACCUAAACUUGUGAUGCUUCUGUAGACCCAGAAUUUGCUCAACCAUGCCGAAAACCAGUGAAAAACAUUCAGGUUUGCUCCCAGAGCCCAGCAAAAGAGAACUGAAAUGGCAUGUUCUGUACCUUGAUGAGCCCUUCCAGAAACAGACCAUCUGAACUCCUGUAGAGCAGUAGAGCAGCUUGGAGCUGCACCACUUCAAAAGUUGCUUAUCUGGAACUAUAACAGCUGCUGUUGGAGGAUUAGCUGAAAUUUAUAACACUGUUGAGGAGAUAAGAAGGCAUUUUGGGAAAGAGGGCAAAUAUCUGCAUGGAAAACUUGUCAGUUGCAAAGUCUUCAUAGCUUACCUGAAAAUGAUUCCUCAAGAAACAACCUACAGUUUUAAAGGCUAACACAACUAUGCAUUAUUUUAAUGCUAAAGAAUGACAGGAAAAGUAUAUUUACAGUAACAGCACUUCAGUGAGAGCUUUGUAUUUCUAGGCAAUUAUGUGACCUGUCCAAGUUUUGGACGUGCCUAAAAACCGUAAGAAACCUCAAGAUUCCAUCACAUCCAUCAGUUGGGCAUAACCACCAUCACAGAAUCACAGAAUGGCCAGGGUUGGAAGGGACCUCAAGGACAAUGAAUCUCCAACCCCCCUGCCACAGGCAGGGCCACCAACCUCCACAUUUGGCACUAGACCAGGCUGCCCAGGGCCCCAUCCAACCUGGCCUUGAACACCUCCAGGGACGGGGCAUCCACAACCUCUCUGGGCAGCCUGUGCCAGCACCUCACCACUCUCUCUGUAAAGAACUUCCCCCUGACAUCCGAUCUCAACCUUUCCUCCUUGAGCUUGACCUCCUGGAGCUUACCAUCCAUAGCUACACCAGAACAAAACAUAUCACAGAUAUACUUUGAACAGUAUCGGGCUACUGAUGUCAGUUACACCUGCAACAAAACACCUCACGGCACUCAGCAGACUGUUCUCACCACCUACAGUGAACAGAAGCCCUAGGUCCAAAUGAAUCCACGAGCAUCAUCAAACCAUCUUGCACUUCCCUCUUAAAUCUCACACAUUCAGAGAUGCAAGUGCUUAAGUGCCACCUGAAGAUCAAAGAUGAGAAGGCAAAGAGUAUCCCUCCCUCCCCAGCAAGGCAGAUGUGCAUCAGCUGGGACUCAAAAGCAGAACACUGCCAGGCCCCAUGCCACUACAAUGAAUGAAAGUUCAUUUCUGGAGAGUUUUUAUACAUCUUCAACUCUCAAAUUAUGCUAUGCUACAAUGUUUUCUAAACAAAUAACUUAAUAUCCAGUUUAUCAAAGUAAGGAAAUCGUUUUCUUUUUCACUGAAACAUGGUGAAAAAAGGUCACUGUUUUAUUCAGCAUCAUAGUUACAUAGCAGUUGUCUAUUACUAGAAAGUAAUUAUUAAAAUAAUCCUGAAAGACAUCUUUUCUUUCUCCAAUGAUUUCAAAACUAUGCCUUUUUAAUGCCAAUUCCACACAGCCACUGAUCUGAUCUGCAGUAGUCAGUUAUAGCAAUUGUCAAGGCACAAGCUCAGC